AUGCAUGAUAAUUCUAGUUUUUGGAGAAAGUUCUGGUAUUUGAAAAUUCCUCCAAAAGUCAAGAAUUUUCUUUGGAGGGCUCUCUCUAAUUGUGUUCCAACUCUUGUCUCUCUUCAGUCUAAGCGGGUUCAUGUUUACAGCAUUUGUUCUUUGUGUAAGGGAGGGAUCGAAACCAUCUUUCACAUCAUGGUUGGUUACUCUUUUACAAAAGCUUGUUUGGAGCAUGGAUUAUUGGGUAUGCAUAUUAAUGAUGGCAAUGAGGAUUUUGGUGUCUGGUUUGAGGAUUUCUGUAACAAUCAUCUAGCUGAGAAAAUAGAUAAGUUGGCAAUGAUUCUUUGGGGUGUUUGGGGAGCCCGCAAUGAUUUACUUUGGAACAAUAAAGCUACAUAUGUGGAAAAAGUUGUUUCAUCUGCAAUUACAUACCUUGAACUUUAG